AUGGGUGAUAGCGGCCUCCUGUUAACGCAGAAUCAAGAAGAAGAAGAAGAAGAAGAAGAAGAUAGCAUGUAUGGCUUCUAUAAGCGCAUCGAGAGCCAGACCCGAGUGAGGAAGGGCUACUUGAAAGACAAGCUGAGAGCCAUUCUGGUCGACUGGUUGACUGAAGUCCACACUUCGAUGUGUUACGCGCAAGCGACUCUGUUUCUCGCCGUCAACAUCGCCGACCGCUUUCUCUCGCUGGAGGUUGUGUUGUGGGCUCAGUUCAAGCUGGUGGGUAUGGCGGCGCUGGUCAUAGCGUGCAAGUACGAAGAGGAAUGGUUCCCUUCUAUGACGGAGUUCAACAAAAUACCAGAAAGUUACUUCACCUGCUUGUUUCAUGGUCUUAGUUACAGUCAAGCGGAAAUCAAUUCCAUGGAAAGCAAGAUCCUGAACAAGUUGGGUUGGAAGAUUAUGGUUCCGACAAUCCACACUUUCUUGCUUGAAUUUCUUCGGUCUUUUGGGGACGCCGAUCGAGUGUUCAAGAAUUUGUCGUUCUACUUUGGUGAGCUCGCCAUGAAUGAUUAUGAUAUAAAUGUCAGGUACUCUCCGUCUCUUAUCGCUGCGUCUGCUGUUUAUGCGGCGCAGUGCUGCAUUUGCAAAAGACAUGGCUGGAACAGAGCUCUUAAAACCGGUUACCCGAAACGACAAGUCGCCUAUAGUGCCGGAAGUCUUCUCCGGUUGGCUAAGUUGAAACCCGACAGAAAGGUUUUCCAGAAAUACUCGAAUUGCAGUACAUGGGAUGCAGUUGCUCUACUCGUUGUGGAGACCUUUGUAUCUGGGGUUGGUUACUCAUUGACGAUAGAUUAUGUUCUGAUUUCUACAGUGCAUCUCCAUCUUCAACCUCCUCUCGAUAAUUGUUGUAAGACCUCAAAAGAGGCAGAUAGGACCUCCAAUGAGAUAAGUAGAGCCUCAAAAGAGGUGGAAAAGGAUGAAGGAAGGAGGAAGAGGAGAGUAGAGGGGAAGGGGGAGGAGGAGGCCAGGAGCGGCAGCCAGAGACUCGGGACUAUGGGGGAGAGUUUUAAGCCUUUGUUUAUAGGUAACUUUACUGGCCCCAACAUAAUUUCGAUGGUCAAUGACUCAAUAUUCGUGUCUUGCCAAAAGACUUUUGAGAGUUUUUAG